GAUGAUCAUGAAUAUUUGAUGAAUAGCUUAAAAAAUAACAAAAGGUUUGGGUGUAACAAAAUAAUUCCUGGAUGGUCUCUUUCACCAAAAAAAAUUAAAAAUAAAAGUCAGCAACAUGUCAAUCUAGUUCGUAAUAAAAGUUCAAGUGACAAGCAAUUAGUAUUUGAUGAACAAACAAAUGAUCAACAGUUGAAUACUCCAUUAAAACAAACAACUUAUUUAAGCCAAAUGGAGAAAAGUAUGAACGAACACAAUUCAACAUCAAAACUGUUUGAAAUAAGCAAAGAUAUUGAAAAUGAUCAUCAUGAAAAUAUGAUGACAAGUUUAAAAAACAACAAAAGGAUCGAUUGUAACAAAAUAAAUCCUGGAUGGUCUCCUUCGCCAAAGAAAAUUAAAAUAAGCCAAAUGGAGAAAACUAAUAAUAGACACAAUUCUGCACAAACAUCAGCAUCAAAACAGUUUGAAAUAAGCAAAGAUACUACUGAAUGUCUAAAUCAAAUCUUAACUUAACUUUUUUGAAGUAUGAACUAAAACAAGUCUUAAGCAAUCAAAUAAUAAUUAUGGGACGAUUAGAAACAACUGAAAAUAUUUUGGAGCAACGUUCUGGUGUAUUUGACAAAAAAGAACAAGAUUGUAUGGAUUUAACAAAUUGUCCGCUUCCAAUCAAUAACAAUAUUGAUCUUACUACAUUUUAAGAUAAGAUAUCUGGCGAUCAAGAUUUUAAAAAUCAAUUAGUUACUGAGCUUUCAUGUAUUGGUGGAAAAAAUGUUAAAUUGGUUGUUAAGAGAAUCAUGUCCAAAUUAUUCUGUGACAGUUUGCUAUCUAACUACUCAUACACCGGGAAAAAAGGAAAAGAUAAAUUUUCAAGUCUAUCAGUAUGCUCAGUUGUAUUUGGUGCCGUUAAAAAACAAACAAAAUUUAAGAAUACUCCAUUAAAUGAAAUAGAAGAAGUCAUAAAAUACAUUUUGGCACAAGCGCCUUUAAAUUUAAAAAGA